AUGUUUAUUACCAUAAAACAUGGAGACAACCAACAAUUCCUGGCCAACAUUAACUGUUCAUUCUUACUAUUAAUGAAUUACAUACGUGACAAGGCAGGACUCGACAAGUCAGAACUUAUUGACUUGUGUGAAGAAAAUGGAACAUUGAAGCUGCUUUUCCUGGUCAAGUUCCCAGAAGAAAGUGCCACCAAGUUUCUCACCCCCCGAAUAACCUACUACAUUUGUAGGGUAGAACGUGGCGCCCCAGGGACCAAACAAGAAAAUGGCUACCGGGCUUUCCACCCUAUAUUCAAGCAGCCACCAUUGGAUUUGAUUGAUUCCCUGCGCAACCAGUGUGACUUUCUGGAGCGAAGCCGCCUGAAGAUGCUUCGGAACCAAGACGGCAAGAAACCCCCGACUAUGGAGGCUCUCCUUUCCUCCAUGGCAGGCCAGGUGGUGGGGAGAAGUGCUGGAAAGGCUGGAGUGAGUGCGGUGGGUGGCACAGACGAGGAUGGCGCGCCUCGUAAGUUGACCGGAGCCACCAAGGGCAGAAUGGAGGCCAGCAGAAAGGACAAGCACCGCUAA